AUGAGAUUUUGGUUUGGUAAAAAGAAAAACAGUUCCGAAUGCUUCGACAAUAAAAAAAAGAACAAUGACGAAAUAUACAAAGCCAUCUUGAAAAAUAGAGAAGCAAUAGAUGCUCUCGAAAAGAAGCAGGUGCAGGUGGAAAAGAAAAUUAAGCAACUUGAAAUAGAAGCGAAACAGAAAGUGGAGCAAAACCAAAUGAGCAAUGCCAAAAUAUUAUUAAAGAGGAAAAAAUUGUACGAACAGGAAAUAGAGAACAUUUUAAAUAAUCGUCUAACCCUGGAAGACAACAUGAUCAAUUUGGAGAAUAUGCAUUUACACAAAAUCGCAGUUAACGCUUUGUCUUAUGCAGCCAACACGCAUAAAAAACUGAACAAUGAAAUAAAUACGCAGAAAGUGGAAAAGAUUAUCGAUACGAUUCAAGAAAAUAAAGAUAUCCAGGAGGAGAUAAACCAGGCCCUCUCCUUCAACCUGCUAAAUAAUGUGGACGAGGACGAAAUUGACAAGGAGCUUGACCUACUGAAGGAACAAACCAUGGAAGAAAAACUCACUGCUACAGUUAAUAAAAUACCGGACCUUCCCUUAGAUAACCACCUUGUGAAUGUGAAGGCCAGAGAACAGCUAAUCGAUAAGACCACCGAGGAGUCGGAUGACGAAGAAUUGAAAGAGCUUAUUGGAGAAAUGACAUGA